GACGAGAAACAUUCGUCUAAACCUGGAUAAAAUGUCUUCAAGCUGGUUUAAAGGAAAAUGAACUGAAGCAACUGGAUUAGUUCUUCAACGUUGCUGGCCCAGGAGCAACAAAAACUUCUUGCAAUGAUCUUCAAUAUUUCAAUCAGCGAUAAGACUUGUAAGCCUCAGCAGCAAAGUAUUUUAAUCCCCAUCUUCCUAUGUGUGAUUUUUGUCCUGGGUUUCAUUCUAAAUACCAUGAGUUUGUGGACAUUUUGGUUUCGCUUCAAGCAAUGGAAAACGGGCAUGAUCCUCCAGUUUAACCUGGCUUUAGCUGAUGCCAUCAUAGCUCCCGCCGCACCCUUGCUGAUCACCUACUUCUCAAUAUCCCACUGGCCCUUUGGACAAUUUCUAUGUCAACUGCAAGUGUUCCUAUUGAGCACACACAUCUAUGGGAGUGUUUACUUUCUCACCCUGAUUAGUGUGCACAGAUAUAUCACAGUCGCACACGUAACCAGGGUGAGCAUGUUUAAGGUAACAAAAUCAAUGAAGAUCAUUUGCGCAGCGGUCUGGAUGUUCCUUUUUGUACAAGGAUUACCAUUUUUUUUUGUCCUCAAAACAUCUGAACUGUACAAUGUCACCAAAUGUUUAAGCAUACAUCAGACUGAACAUUCAAUGAUAUAUUUUGUGUGGUCCAUGGUCAUUGCAUUCCCUGGAUUCAUCAUCCCAGUCACAGUUUCGAUCACUUGCUACGCUUUGCUCGGAUCCUACAUAGCAAAGAUGAACUCCAGCCUUUCAAAAAAAAGAGCUGCAAAGAUGAAAGCGAUGUGGAUGAUUGUGAUAUCCCUUGUUGUGUUUAUCAUUUGCUGUCUGCCAAUUCAAGUGACACGUAUAACUGCUGUAAUAGUUAAACUCUUCUACCCUGAGAAAUGCCAGCUGCUAUACAAAAUGGAAAAUAGUUAUUAUAUGACUUUAACAUUGGUCAAUUUGAAUUGUUGCCUGGAUCCUCUACUUUAUUGGUUUUUAAGUAAGAAAUUCCAAGAGUCAUUUAAAAGCAAUCUGGAUGUAUUCAGAUGAUUAUGCAAAACAUGUUGUUGCGGAUCUAUAAAAAUAGCAAGUUUGGCUAAUCCUUUUGAAAAGGAACUGCACAAAUUGUUGGCAAUAAAAAAUGAUUCAGUGCUCUUAGAUGAUGAGUCAAAUGUGAUGAAAUAAUACUUUGGGAAAUUGGAUAGUUACAUGAAUCAGUGGUUUGCUUUUGCCUGAAACUUACUGUUACAAUGCUUUUAU